GUUUGCAAACUGCAUGAAGUAAUAGUAACCACAACAAUAUGCUACGAAGCUAUUGUUUAAAAUUUUGGGAAAUUUCAUGGUUGCAUGAGGAAAGUUUGUCAUCUUCUUUGAGAAGCAUCAUUGAUUACUUCAAUCUAUUGGCUGCCUUUAUCUUAUUUGUGGUUUUGCUUGUGACAAGGAGAAGUAGCUUUAGAGAGAGGAGAAGAGAUUGGUUUAGCAUAGCAAUUUUAGGGUGUUGUGCUCUUGUGAGCAUAGGAUACUAUGGUGCUGCCUUAAGCGAAGAAUCGAGUCGUUUAGUAUGGUUUGGAAGGGGGCUCGUUUGGGCCACCUUAGCCGUUUCUGUGAUAGUUCGGGGUUCGAGAUUGAUUGCUGUUGUGAAAUCUGUUUGGUGGAUUGUGUUUUUUCUCUUGAUUUCAGCAUUCAACAUUGUGGAAUUAGUGAAAUUUCAUGACAUAGAGAUUCUUGAAAUAGCACCUUGGCUAGCAAAUUUGUUGCUUUUGUUUUGUGGUUUGAGGAAUCUUCAAGGGAUUGUGUCUCAUCAGCAAGUGUUGGAUUUGGACAAUAGCUUCUCUGAGUCUCUGCUGGUGAGAGCCUCAGGAAAGGGUUGUUUUGAUUUAGACGAUGCUUCGUUGUUAAAUAUACUGUUGUUUUCUUGGAUAGAUCCUUUGCUUAAGUUAGGUAGCUCCAAAGCACUAAAUCUUGAUGAUAUCCCUUCUCUUGGAACUGAGGAUGAAGCCCUUUUGGCCUACAAGAGUUUUGGCGACGCGUGGUGCGUGUUACAGGAGGAAAAGGGCGCCAAAAACUCGACAUUUUGGACUAUUGCCAGAGUGUAUUGGAAAUGUAUGGUGUUGGCUGGGAUUUGUUUACUUCUUAGAACAGUUUGUGUUGUGGCAACUCCUUUGUUUCUCUAUGCUUUUGUCAACUAUUCGAAUCUUGAGGAGAAGGAUCUCGAGAAGGGUGUUUGCUUGGUGGGAUUGUUGGUUGUUUUGAAGGUAGUCGAGUCUCUGUCCAACCGGCAGUUCUACUUUUAUUCGAGGCGAAUAGGGAUGAGGAUGAGGUCGGCUUUAAUGGUGGCUGUCUAUCAGAAGCAGCUCAAACUGUCUACAUUAGGGAGGCAGAGGCAUUCGACGGGUGAGAUAGUUAAUUACAUCUCGGUUGAUGCUUAUCGUAUGGGCGAAUCCGUGAUGUGGUUCCACGUCGGGUGGGCUUCAACCGUGCAGCUGUUCCUAGCCAUUGGUGUUAUCUCCUCUGUCGUAGGCCUAGGUGUGGUCCCGGGGUUAGUCCCUUUCGCGUUAUGUGGGCUAAUGAACGUCCCGUUUGCAAGGCUACUGCAGAAGUUUCAGACAGAGUUCAUGGCUGCUCAGGACAAGCGAUUGAGGUCUUUUUCGGAGAUUCUCAACAACAUGAAGAUCAUCAAGCUGCAGUCGUGGGAAACGAAUUUCAAGAGGUUGGUUGAAUCUUAUAGGCAGAGUGAGUUCAAAUGGCUGUCUGAAACUCAGUACAAGAAGACAUAUGGAGCAAUUUUGUAUUGGAUGUCUCCAACCAUUGUGUCGUCUGCCAUUUUCUUAUGGUGCGUGCUUUUCAAGAGUGCUCCGCUGAAUGCUGGCACCGUGUUCACGGUCUUGGCUGCGCUCAGGACCAUGUCUGAGCCGGUCAGGUUCAUACCGGAAGCUCUGUCUUGUUUGAUUCAGGUUAAGGUUUCGUUUGAACGGAUCAACGUGUUCUUGAUGGAAGACGAACUCAAACAAGACGACGUGCUAAGAUGUGGUGAACGAGAUUUAGGCCAUAGUAUUUGUAUUCAAGGUGGUUGUUUUAGUUGGGAUGCAGAAGCAACAUCUUUGACGCUCGAGGAAAUAUCUGUUGAAGCGAGAUGGGGGGAGAAGAUCGCGGUCUGUGGGCCCGUGGGUGCGGGAAAAUCCUCACUUUUGUAUGCUAUUCUUGGUGAAAUACCGAAAACAUCCGGAAAUGUGAGUGUUCUCGGAUCAGUCGCUUAUGUUUCUCAAGGUUCGUGGAUCCAGAGUGGGACGAUUCGCGACAACAUACUCUUUGGGAAGGCGAUGGAUAAGAUCAGAUACGAAGAGGCCAUCAGAGCGUGUGCUUUGGACAAAGAUAUCGAAAUUUUUGACUAUGGAGAUCUCACUGAGAUAGGACAAAGAGGGCUGAACCUAAGCGGAGGGCAGAAGCAGCGGGUUCAGCUUGCUCGAGCUGUGUACAAUGACGCGGAUAUAUAUCUCCUCGACGACCCUUUUAGCGCAGUAGAUGCACACACAGCAGCAGCCCUUUUCAAUGACUGUGUGAUGACUGCACUAGCAAAGAAGACGGUGAUUCUCGUGACUCAUCAAGUGGAGUUUCUCAAUACCGUGGACAAAAUUCUGGUUGUUGAAGGAGGAAAAAUCACUCAAUCGGGUAGCUACGAGGAGCUUCUGGUCAGAGGGACGACCUUUGAACAGCUCGUGUUUGCUCACACAAGUAGCAUAGGAUCAUUUGAUGACACGUAUGGUUCGAAUCGGCAUGAGCAUUACGUAGAGCCUGCAAAUCAAAUAGAGGAGGCUGUCGAUAAAGAGGAACGGGAUGGGGGGAAUGUGAUGAAUCCGAAAACUCAGCUGACAGAGGAGGAAGAGAUAGGAGUUGGAGAUGUAGGGUGGAAGGCCUUCUCACAUUACAUUCUCACAUCAAAGGGAUUGAUCUUUGCAUUCUGCUCUGUUGCAGCGCAGUGUGGCUUUGUGGUUUUCCAAGGUGCAGCAAGCUUCUGGCUUGCGUUGACAGUCCAAAAUCUGGAGAAAAGCAGCGUUUACGUCGUUGGAAUCUACACUCUGAUAUCCUUGCUCAGUGCUGUCUUUGUGUAUUUCAGGUCACUCUUUGCAGUUCUGUUAGGACUCAAAGCUUCGAAAUCCUUUUUCUCCGGCUUCACCAACUCCAUCUUCAAUGCUCCGAUGCUCUUCUUCGAUUCCACCCCUGUUGGGAGGAUUCUAACGCGUGCGUCGUCUGAUCUAAGCGUGCUCGACUUUGACGUACCUAUGGCGUCCCAAUUCGUUCUGGCAUCCUUAGUUGAGCUUGUUGCGACAAUAGGCGUUAUGGCCUAUGUAACAUGGCAAGUUCUCAUUGUGGGAUUAUUUGCUGUUGUGUCUUCAAAAUACAUACAGGGAUACUACCAAAAAUCCGCCGGCGAGCUGAUGAGAGUAAAGAAGGCAGAGAGACGGUAA